AUGUCAUCAGAUAUGACAAACAAUCAGCGAAUCCAGCUGAUCCAAAUGUCACAACAGGCGGCUAUCCGCAAAGCCGAGGAUGAUUGGACCGGUACUAUAGACCGGAAAGAACGGCGAAAGUUACAGAAUCGCCUCAACCAAAGAACAUAUCGGAUUCGGAAGCAGACCAAAAAUACAGAGAACAAAGCACAGCCCCACAGCGACAAGGCCAUUGUUGCACCACCGAACUCCACUCCUUUGCGGAUCAGCCGAGAUGAAAAGGGAUUCACAUGCACUAUCGCCCCCCUCAAGCGCACUCGAUGA